CAUGAAUUUAUUCAUCUACAACCGUUGCUGAAGUUCCUGAAACUACAACGAUGGCUCCACCUCGUAAAAGAGUAACGGGCGAUAAAAAUAAAAGUAAGUUAGAUGAACUUUGGGCUGUUUUUACGUGAUCGUGCAAUGAAGCUACGUACUGCAAGGUGAAAUGAUGCGUCUGAAGAUUUUGCCAAAUUUAACAUGUUUAAAGUGCUUCAGGUAGCUUUUUUUUUAUCAGAAUCAAUCGUUAAGCUUUCUUAAAAGGCACAUACUUCUCAAAUGUCUUGCUACAUGAGAUAUGGAGAAGAACACCGUGGAAACGAACCUGAUCAGUUGUCAAGAGCUGGGCGCUAAAUUUCUAGUACAGCUUUUGAAAUGUUUUACUUAUUUUUAAUACACACUGUUACAAAUUUUAAGGGAGCAGCUAAUGUUCUACGACCCGGUAACGUUUCAGUUAUUUAAGCCUUUGGCAAGCUACUUAGUGGCAAAUUAUGCAUUUGUUCGCCAUACGAGUAUAGAUUAAGAAAAAGCAAAUUACAUAGCUGAGAUGAAAUUUGUUGAGCAGUAGACGUUGUGAGAGUUAGAAACAGGUGAAUAAUAUUAAAAUAUUCAAACAUUAUCCAUUAUUUAUAAUUUUGCAGCUGAAAAAAUAUUCAUCCAUUUUGGGGUAAACAUAACUUUAUUAAAAUUUUUAUCCCAGAAGUUUAACAUUUAUUAAUAUAGUUUUUAUUAGGACUAAGUCUGGCCCAAAUUUGCCUUGAAUUAACUGUUACAGUUUAUCCAAAAUGUGAUAAUCUAUUUAAUACUGAAAACAAUGACACAAUUUCCUGUACUUAGAUGUUAUGGGUGCUUCUCAUUAAAUAAUAAUGCAAAAUAUCUGGAUUUUUUUUCGUGGAAAACAUAAGAGGAGUGCUUCAUGAGUUGGUGUGGAAGUAGUAGCCCUCUUUGACUAUAUUUUAUGUCCCAAUAAUGAUCAAGAUUAAUGUUAUCCUUGUAAUAUCUGUACAUAGCCAAGAAAAGAGGUUAUGAGAAUUACAAAAAUGAUCACCAAUGAGAAAAUUCCUUGAUCUUUUAUCAAAUUCUCUCAACUAAGUUCUUAAAGAAAUGUACUGAGAUCAUUCUGGAGAAUUUGUUUGUGGAUAUUGGGACUUAAAGGGUUAAGAUACCACAGUUCACUUGUCACUGAGAUAAUUCAGACUUGUCAAUUUAUUUUAUCACAAUAUGUGUCACUGCUUAGAUAAAUUCGGAUGGACGGAUUGUUUGCCUUCCCAAUUUAUUUUGUCCUAACACGGUUAUCUAGUUGUGCCUAACGGAUGAUCAAAAUGGAUUGACUGUAAAUGUCAACGGAUGAAAACGUUCAAGAGAGUUUGUUUUGACUGGAGCCGUUUAACGGUUGUCUAACGCUCUACAUUUAGGGAAACGUUUGUCUACGGUUUACAUCUAAGGACUUUUAACAAAGCGAACAGCUCAAAUGUUAUAAAACAAACAAAACCAUUACUAGUCUUACACUCGCAAUUUAAAAAAAAAGCGAGUCACAAAGUGCCGAUUUCAUCAGUCUUCGAUGAGACAAGCAUUAAAAAAAUUAUUUUCAUGGUGAGCAUUAAUCGAGAGCAAAACUCAGGGAUAUAAACUUUCACUUUCUCAUCGAGACGGAGAAACUCAGAAUUCGAGUCCUUUAUUAUCGUGUGAGAAGCAAACCUAACGUCGCUAAACCUGUGUGUAAACAAUUUUAAUCGCCAGUCGUGGUGAACAUUUUUUAUUGUUUUACUCAAAUGGAUUUGUCGCUUGUACUUAUUUUUACACCAUGACUCUGUCAAGAGUUUUUCUAAAGUAACUGUUUUACCUGGGCCAUUUUUGAACGGUCCGCACUUUGUGAAUUGAAACCAAAUAAUAUUAUUCUACUUCAGUUCGAACGACAAAGACCACUUAAUCAUUUUAAUGAUUGCAAAUAGCGAUUAAAGGGAACGAAAGAAGAUUAUUGAUCAUUUGGGAUCCCACCUCGCAGGUCGUAGCAAUAACAAAUUAGCAUUUUGACAACCAUUAAUUGUUGCGUGACGAAACACGAGCACAAAGUUCUUGACAUGACUUUGUGAGCAGUGUUUACUGCAGACCUUUAUUUAUGCAAUGGCCAUCAGCUUUCCCGUGUUUGUUUUAUCCGUUUAAAUUUAUAAGAUAUUUUUAAGUCAAAAUUAGUACAAAAUACAAGCUCUCGAAAUAACUGGACUUUGCCGAAUAAAUAAACAUAAACAUCGUUGUUAUGAAAGUAUAAUAAUUAUAGUAUGAAGGCCGUUGAGCGGAUGCUAGUUUAUUCUAACGGAAUAUAACGGAUGCAAGUUUUUGCAAACAGUUAUGCUGACCCGUCUAACGGUCUGAUGCUAACGACUAACGGAUACAUGUCUCUUGCUACUUGUUACGCUGUCCGUUCUAACGGCCUCAUGCUAACCUCUAACGGCUGGAGCUAAAACUAACGUUUUUAACGGAUGCCUAACGCUUUCGCUUGUCUAACGGAUAAGCGUUAAGGUACGUUUUCCCGUGCAUGGUCACAUAUUUGAAAUGGAUUGACUGAAAAUAAAACGUAAACAAGAGAUUUUAAUACCUACAGAAAAUUACUGAAGACCAAAGUAAAAAAACAAAAAGAUAACUGCAAAGCAAAAUUUAGUCUUCUUUACAGAUUUUACCCUUACAUAUUACUAAAUUACAUUUUAAAAGAAAAAUCAACGAUAAAAAAGUAACACGACGUUUUGACAACUCCAUGUCAUUAAUAUCAAAUGCAAAGAAAAUUAGCAUGAAUUGGUGAUAUUUAUACAGAAAAAGAAAGUGUCAGGAAUAUGUAAAGUUAAAGGGAGGCGUGAAAAUGGAGCAAACUAACGUUUUUAUCGUUGAUUUUUCUUUUAAAAUGUAUGUCGAAAUUGAUUGUUAUCAUAAAUUAUAUUAGAUAAUAUAAAUCUCUUGCUGUUGAACACCUGUAUUCACCACCAAAACCCUUGACAUCUCAGAUGCAUCAUUGAAAACAGCUAAUCUUAACAUCCUGCCCUCUUCAAAUAGGUAGACACCAAUAUCUCGCGUAAGUUUUCUUUUUCUUUUGUUUCAGCUUCAUUAGUGUACAUUACCAUACCCAAAGACAAAAGGAAAACAAAAAUUGCCUAAGAUAAUGUUAACUACAACAUAUACACAACAGUAGUAAAACACUUAAGAUGAGGAAAAAAUUAUUAUUAUCGUUAUAUUCAUUUAUUUCCAAUUCCUUGAUAAUGGCAUCACGAAGUCCCCAGAAUGUUGGAACAUUAUCUUGUUAGUUUUUUCAUGUUUAUGUUUUCCUUAAUCAUUAUUAAUAUUAAUUGUCAUUGUGGUUAUUAUUAUUAUUAUUAUUAUUAAUAAUUUAUUAUUGCUAUUAUUUUUAUAAAGAUUAUUUUAUCUCACUAAAUAAUGUUGUCUUUGUCAUUUUACAGAUACUGAUAGUGGUCAUGGUAGCGCAAGAACCAAGCAAAAGGAGUCUGAACCAAGGAGAUUUCCUUAUAUCAAGUGGCUAGUCAUUCUCUCUGUUAUUCUUCUGGCAUCUAGUGUUAUUUUUUACAUUGUUAGAGCAUUACAUCAGCAGGAUUUAAACUUAGAACAGAAAACAAAAACACAAACUGUUGAAACAGAGGUGGUUAAGCCCACAGAAAGGACAAAAAAGAAAGCUAAAAAAGAAAAAUCACAUGAUCCACUUGCAGCUAUAACUAACAGCUUUGAUAAAUCCAUUGCAAAGGAGUUGGACAAAGCACAAAGCAUUUUAGAUAAAGGUCAAAUAGGAGAUGCACUGAGAAAGUUCGAAGGCCUUGUAAAUAAGUACCCAAAGAGUCCAAGGGCAUUGUAUGGAAAGGCACAGUCCCUUGAUAAACUGGCAGACUUGAAGCAAAGUAAUGAAGUGUUACAGCAGAGUAUAGAAGCUUAUGGUAACGUGGUCACGUUGCCUGACUGUCCUCUCGAGUUGAAGCGAAGAGUGAUGAGGCGACAGGCCGACCGGCUCAGUUUCCUUGGACGGAUUGGACAAGCCGCUAACGUGCUGAAGAAACUAUUAAAUUUGUUCCCUGGAGACAUAAAGCUUAUGAAUGAACUAGGAGUGCAGUAUCUCCUGUCGGGAAGGAACAGGGAUGCAGAAAGCAUUUAUAAUCAGGUACAGUUAAAGCCAUCCAUACAACAACGUAGAGGCAGCUUGGCCGUGUGGUUGGAGCACUACACUUACAGUCCCAAGGCUCUAAGUUCAAGCCCCACCCUGACUGCUAGCUGGAUUUGUUCUUGGUAGUGAUAGUCUCAAGUUCAAGUCCUCGCAGUCAGACUUCUAAUAAACCAAAGUUCUGUUAACAAAUUCUCCAAACUGAUCUCUAUACAUUUCUGUAAAGAAUGAGUUAAGAGAAUUUGUUAAAAGAUCAAGGCAUUUUUACUGAGGUGAUCAUUUUAUUAAUUCUCAUAACUUAUCUGUUGACAAUGUAUGGAUAUUGUCAGGAGAAAAUUGAUCUUGGUCACUAUUGGGACUUAAAGGAUUAAGCCCGCUACUAGUUGGGAUUUCUUAACCUUGAUUUGUCCCAUUUGAAUUGUUUGAUUCAGUAUGUAUGAAAAGCCCUAUAAGGGGAGAGAAUACACUGGUUUAUACUACUACAUGAGAAAUUUCCGCAGUUUGAUUGGGUUAGAGCAGUGGUAUUUCAGCUUAAUUUGAAAUACUUACAUGUGAAAAUUACAAACCUUUUGCGGGUAGUAGUAUAAACAAAUAAUAGCAUGAUUUGUACGUGAUAUUUGGCAAAAAUACUACUCAUGAUAUUUCAAAAUUGUCUCAAAUUUCACUCGUCUAACGGCUCGUGAAAUUUCGUAUAACAAUUUUGAAAUAUCACUUGUGGUAUUUAUGCCAAAUCAUGCUAUUACCUGUACUAAUUAAUUUAAUAAUUUUUAUUUUAAUUUUACAAUGGCAGUAUUCAAGCACUUUUUUCUUGACUGUCUAAACAGAGGUCCAGUUAUUUCCUCACUCUACAGCCUUGCUAAAAUAUGACUUUCUUGUGUCAAAAAACACCUGUUGAUGUGAUGUCAGGGGUCCUGAUCUUAAGCAUUGAUGUGAUUAUUAUUUUGUUCAAUUAAAAAAAAAUACCAUAAACAUUCAAUUUUCUGUGACAUUUCUAAUCUAAGUAACGUAAUUAUAGUCUAUGUUCACGUACAUUUGUAAAAUGAUCCAAUCACAGUAUUCCUCUAUUAAGUACUACUAAUGAGUAGUAGUCCUUUAAUUGUUAACCUAGAUCUACAUGUGUUUUCUCCUCUCAGGUUAUAAACAUGGAUCCAACAAAUGGUUUUGCAAAGUCGCAUUUGGGUUUUAUUCUUAAAACAGACCACUUGCGUUAUGUUGAGGCAAUUCCUCUGUUACGUGAAGGAAUCUCAAGCGGCCAUGCCGGGGCUGAUGAUGGGAGAUUUUAUUUUCAUCUAGGAGACGCACUGACUCGGGUUGGAAAACCAGAUGAGGUAUUUCUCCAAUAAUUUUAUUUAUUCUUUUAUUUUUCUUGUUUAAUCUUAUGGUAUCAAACUGCUGUUUGUUAAGAUGCCCUAAACUUUAUGUUACAGGCUUACAAGGUGUAUGCUGAGGCUGCAGGUAAAGGCAUCUUUCUGUCUGCUCUACAACGCUCCCUCUACAAUGCUGAUACUCCGCUGAAAGCUCAACCUUUCUGGACGCCAAAAGAAACUGGAUAUUUAACGGCUAUACAGUAAGUCAGUCCUAUCAAGACACUGUGUAUGGAACUGUACCCACCCCCAUUAGCAAUAUUUCUGAGAGUUCAACUUAGUGUUUGUACAUAUUAUAAAUCAUAGUUAAAUCAGUUGCCAAUAAGAUGGGUGUGGGGAAAAUGCAUGUUGAAAUGAGGGGAGCUGCAUGGGAGCCCAGAACGUAACAAUGACAACCUGUGAGUGGCAACCACCAGGCCCGGGGGGGUACUGCCAUAAUAUGGGCUAAUAUGUGCCGCUGUGAAGGGUAUGGUUUUCAAGCAGUUUACUCUAGAAUAGGGUAUAUAAAUCAGAACAUUUCGGUCUAGGAUAGGGUAUCAUUUUUCAGGAAACUGAUCAGUUGGUUGAAGAUUUUAUCUAGACUAGGGAAACAGCUACUCUAGGAUAGGGGGGAUUUGGGGAGUUUACUCUAGUAUAGGGUAGCAAAAUUUAGCUGAACUAGCUCUGGUAUAGGUUAAGGGUUCCAGGGUCCCUGCGGCACAUCCCAACCCAGAAAUUCCCAAAGUACACCCCCUCCCUGGGCCACCAGGGAAUGUGACACUGAGAACCUUAGUGAAAAGUAUCACAGAUACUUACCAAGAAAACCAUCCAAGGGGAGGGGUGGCUAGUGAAAAAAAAAGGGCUAAAGCUACUGUAGGCGAAGGCAACGUGAUCAGCAAAGUAAUUGACCUCAGCAAAUUGAGCACUGUAAAAUUAAUAGAACCCUGCAAAUGCCUAAAGACCACCCCAUGCAUGAUUUUUGAUGGAGAACAGUAGCUGCAUUGUCUUGUGUUUAACCUAGCCUACAUUACAUUUAGCCACGUGCAAUUAAUAUUAUUGUUUUAAUUAUUCUUAACACCUGGUGUCGCUUCUGUCAGUCCAGUCUGGUAACAGUAAAUUUAUGAUGAUCUAUUUGGAAAAGCUGUGUUGUAUUCAAAAAGAUGCAAGUUGUGAGAAGUCACAUCUCACUCUGGCUGAUGAAAAACCUUUUGAAGAAGCUUUAUACUUUCUUCUUAACAACCAUAACUGACUUAAUAUAUUGUGCCGUUAGCCUGAGAAAACACCCAAUAUUUCAUGAUACCGCCUCUGGUUUCCCCUGAAAAUGAUGUCUGAGGAACGUCAGUGCAGAAAUUCCAUACCGAUGAUGUGUCGACACUACCCUGAUCUGGGCAUUAGUGACACAUCACCAGUUGAAAAUUUGCUUCAUCCAAUCAGGAUAGUGAUUUCUCAUCCAGGGAUGAGGAAUUUCUGUGCUUAUUCCUCAGACAUCAUUUUGCAGGGUAUCUGCUGGUGACAUCACAAAAUAUUGGCUUUUUUCUCAGGCUAUUGUGCCAAAAUUAAUGGUGGGGGUAUGAAGUUGCUUAAAUUCAUUUUGAGAAAUAAUGACUGUGGGCUUACUUGGCAAAAUGACCUGGUUACUUUUUGAAAACCUGGUGAAAAAAUUCUUCAUAUUGCAAUCUGGUUAAAGGAGUUAAUUAGUAUCAGCUGCCGGUCUCAAUUUAGACUUUUCAGGGCUUCUGAUUAUUCGCGCGGUCGCGGACCCGCGAAAUUCAGGUAUUUCCGCGAAAUUCCCAAAAAAACACGAAAUACCGCGAAAUCCGCCAGAAAUAUUUCCAAAUACGUGUCGGCAAAACACAUUUAAUACUUAUCUUGGCUAUUAGACCUGUACUAUUCACCUCAAACAUCCAAAUUUAUCUUGAAACUUCGUCACUGCAACGAGUAAACAACGUCUCAAAACUACCAGGCGUCUUAGAUGAACGUUGCGAAAAACUGGGCACUAACCAUAAUGUUAACAGCUUUAGCAUUCGCUCAUUUCUCGAGCGAACUGUUGUUGAAAGAGCAAGUGAUUAUCCCUGUUAAAAAAAACCUUAAACAAUGCUGGUCAUAUCGACGCAAAAUUGAUCGAUUUUAGCGAAAUUUGCCAAAAACAUCCAGCGUAAUCGGCUGUUUUUUACUGACUGUUUCUUGGCGAAGUUUCCCCCAAAAAUUUCCCGUGAAAUCGGCCGAUUUUUCUAAGAAUUCGCCCCAAAAAUCCUUCGAAAUUUGACUUUUUCCGCUAAAAUCCCGCGAAAUCGGCCGAUUUUUCUGCAAAUUUUGACUUUUCUCCCGCGAAAAUCACGUGAAAUGGGCCGAUUUUUGAGCGAAUUUUGACUUUUUUCCCGCGAAAUCGGCCGAUUUUUCCACGAAUUUGCCCCUGAAAAUCCCACGAAAUUUUGCUUUUUUUCCGCGAAAUAUCAGAAGCCCUGACUUUUACAAAAACAUUCAAUGUCACACAGUUUUACAAGUCUUUUCACUCACUUGGGUUGUUCUUAACUCUCGCCUUAGACAGUUAGAGUGACUUACAAAAUUUGACCCUGUUUUUAUUAUUAUUAUUAUUAUUACUGAUAAAAAGAGGUCAACUUCUUAAAAGUCUUGACUCAGUUGUGUUAAGAAAGAAAAGCUGAACUUGGAGCGAAACAAGGUAUUAUAGAAACCAGGAGCCUAUUACUCCUGUCGAAAUUGUUGUACUUGCGGCAAUGCUACUGAGCCAAAAUUUGAACCAUUCUCCCACCUAGGCGGAGACUGAUUGACUGAUUGUUGGAUUGAUAAUUUUAACCUGGGGUCAAUUUAAUAAAACUUUUACAAGCGUAAUUUUCAAGUGUAGCUAUUGUUUUCAGACUCUGUUUAAAACAGUGGCUACACUUGUAAAUUACACUUGUAAAAGUUUUAUUAAAUUGACCACUGCAUUAAACCACCUCGCGGUUUAAAACAACCUAACCUGGUUAAAAAUUCUAUUGUUCUUGCUUGAUUUGCAUAACCCAGUUAGAACGGAGUCAAGACUGUAGAAAACCUGGUCACACUCGCAUUUUUUAAAUGAAUUAACCUUAAUAAGUUAAUUGGAAAUAAUUCGGUUAAGUCCCCUAAUGUGGCCGCAGCCAAUAAGUUCCUGAUCGCAACUAGGGCUUUGUGGAUUGAGAAUUUGAGUCAAUAUAAGAUUCUGUAAAUAAGGGCCAACCUACCCCUUCCCGAAAUCCAACAUAUUGCCCUAACUAUGAUUCAAUUACAUGUAAGAAUAUAUUAAUGUUGGGUAAUGGUAGGAGAUUUUAAUAUGGUGAUUAACAUUUGUAUUAUGAUUUUGAUAAAUUUUAAAUUAAUCUAAUGGUGAAGUUCCAAGUUUCAAGUAUAUUAAUUUGUAAUAUUCACACCUCACUGAAGUUACAGUUAAUAAAAUACUUAUGCACCUAUCAAUGUCAUGCCUGUGGGGGGGGGGGACAGGGCAUGGGGUGGGGAUUUGAUUGUCUUGGUUGGCCCUGGGGUAGGGCAUUUGACUGAUCUUGUUCUCCCAGGGGAGGGGAUAUUUGAAUCUUUCGACAUAUUUGACAGCCGACUCAGACGAAAAAGACUGAGACCGAACAUACUGUAUGUUUCCCGCUUCCACGCUUCACGCAUGUGCCAUAUGGUCUCGAAAGAUUGGGACAUCUUUGAGGCCAAUUGGGAACUAGCGAAAGCUGAGUGGAUUUCACUGUUUUGUCUUCAAAUUUUGUUUGUUUUAGCGUGUUUCUGAUCAAUUGAACCUCUUAAGAUACUGUGGUAUAAAAGUAAACGGACGUAAAGAGAAACCAAUUCGAUUCUUGCAAGUACAAUAAUUGUAUGGCUCAUUCGCUACAAUCACUGUAUAAAGCUUGUAAAACUGACUUUCUUUGUACCUAAACUAAGAAUGGUAUAUUUAAAUGUGGACUUUCUCCUGAAAGGUUUCUGUAUUCUAUGCAGUGUAACACGAAUUAUGGUUUAAACGUAUAAUUGCAGCUGUAACAGGAACGUGUAUCUUUGGUGAUGCAGCAACGUUUAUAAAUAAAGAUUGGAGAGUUUUAUUUGGAGAUAUUUUCAUUGUGCCUUUCUUGGGUUCUGCUUUGGGAUAUUUGAUAGCAAUGUGCAGCCCGGGGUGGGGAAAUUUGGUUGCAUUUGACUGGAAUGAUUUGCCUAUGGGCAGGGAAUUUGACGGCAAAUUUUUGAAAAAUGUCAAAUCCCCACUCCAUGCCCUGCCUCCCUCCCCCCCUCCUGCCCCAACCGCUUUACAUUGAUAGGUGCAUUAAUAUAUUUGCAUUAAUUACUUUUUUAAUAAUUUCAUUGUUAAUUAAAUUAAGUAAUAAAUAAUUAUUAUUAUGAUGAUAACAAUGAAAUAUGAGUUAGUUAAAAUAUUAUUAUUAAUUUUAUGCUGUGGACAAAUUCAAUAUCACUGUUACAGUGCAUGUUUAUUGUUAUAAUAUAUUUUCAACUAUGGAAAUUUGAUAUCAUUCCUUAACUAAAUAUUGUAAGUUACUGUAUGGAAUGUUUAUUAUAUGACUUUGGUAAUUAUGAUGAUAGUUACUAUGAGUGUGAUUCAGAUGAUGAUGAUGAUGAUAAAAUUAAUAAGAUUAUAGUAUUAUCAAUAUUGGUAUUACAAUAAUAUUACAAACUGUAACAUAAUUUUCAUAAAAAUGAUACCAGGAAACUUGAAGCCAACUGGAAAGUAAUCAGAGAUGAAGGAUUGUCUGUACUUGAUAAGAAAACUGGAGGGUUUAUACCUGAGGAAGAGAAUCUACGCCAGCAGGGAGAUUGGAAACAAUUUACUAUGUACCAGCGUGGCAGGAAGAAUGCAGCAGCUUGCCAAAAGACCCCACAAACUUGUGCUAUCAUUGAUACUAUACACGAUGCUACCAGCUGUAAGAGAGGACAGGUAAACUCUCUCACAUUGUUUAACCCCAAAUAAAGUGAAUUGCAUUACCCUACUUCCUAUACUUUGAUAAAAAUCAGAUCAAUUUAGGUUUCUGGGAAACUGCCCACCUACUCCUCCCUUAAGCUAACAUUAACACUUACUUCUUACUUAGGGCAAAAUGAUAGCUUAGGGGAGGGUAGCCUUCCACGCAGGCAUUUUUAGGGGAGCUUGUAUUUCGUCCCUCCCCACAAACGCCUGCUCAACCGAGGACAACAUUCCUUUCCCACACUUAGCCAAUCACAUUGUACUUUCCAAAUUCUGGAAAGUUGACCUUGACCGCAGGGUAACCCGAUAAUUAUGCAAUCUGCAUGAAACUUUGAGAAACCUUCAUGACCUCUAAUAAAUGUUAGUCUCAGAGCAGCAAAAGUAAGAUUUACUCAGUUAGAGUUUAGAAUUUUCUGUGCACUGCAUAACCUUUGCGAAGGAAAAAAAAGAAGGAAAAAGGUACCUCUAGGAUCACGUUCUGGGUCAUGUUUUUUCACUAGGGUCACGCUUUUUCACUAUCACGAGUUUAUGAGUCAUGUUUAGCCUGUGAACACGUUAUUUAAAAGCCGUUGAUUGGUCACUUACCACGCAAAUGUAACAAUGGAAAAGGAAUGUUGUCCUCGGUUGAGCAGGCAUUUGUUGGGAGGGAAGAAAUACGAGCUCCCGUAAAAACACCUGCGUGGGAGGCUAAGGGGAUGGGUAGGUGGGCAGUUUCCCAGAAACCUAAAUUGAUCCUAAAAAUCACUAAAUUUUAAUGAGAGGGCACAUACCAAACUGAAACCACCUAGUAAGCUUGUUUGGAUUUGAAAAGAACCUGUCUGCCAAGUAGGAGGCUGCUGGUUCUAAACCUAGCCAGAGCAACACUCAAGGUCUUUAUUUAAAUAACUGAGCAGAAAAUGCUGCCUUUGUGAAGACAUCUGCAAACAGUUAGACUUUCUAGUCCUCUUGAAUAAGGACAAUAAACUGUGGGCCCUGUCUCACAACCCUUGCAUCUACAAAUUCUGUGGGAUGAUGAAGAACCCAUGCUCUGUCCAUAAAAGUAGGGGACAUAGUCCCUGGUGUGGUGGUCCAUGUCUCAUUGGGGAGAGACUGUUACAGGCCCACAGUACAUAGUUGGUGUCAAGUGUCGUUGAUUACUGCUUCAAAUUUCUGAUUUAAAGAAUGUUGGAAAUCAUGUCAGUUGCUAAUUUUAGAAAGGAGAAACACAGUGUUCUUAUGUCUGCAGCCUACUCCCUCAUUUUUUCAAUCAUUCUUUCCUAUAGAUCAAGUAUUCCGUGAUGCUUCCAGGAACUCAUGUUUGGCCACAUACUGGUCCCACAAACUGCCGCUUACGCCUUCAUCUUGGACUUGUGAUCCCCAAACAUGUAGCCAUCAGGGUCGGCAGAGAAACAAAGUAAGGCUUACAAACCCUAACUAUACCUAUAAACAUGUCAGUCACCAUGUUUAAAAAUGUAAUAUCUGGGUACCGUAAAUCCUCUAUUCAACACCUCGAGGAGGGGGGGGGCCAAAUAGAGACCGGGGGGCUUAUUUAAUUUAGCAAAGAAGAUGAUAUCAGUACUCCAUAAAGAACUAGAAUGAAAAGUGGAAAAGCUCAAGUACAAGAAGUUGGAAGUCACGCAGCUGAGGUUCGAAAACAAAUCAGAACUUCCAGCUGGUGAAUAAAGCAUCCUAGAUCAGUCCAAACAACGGUCUACAGUCGCAAUAGACUCCUGCGGGAGCCUCCUGACAGUUGUGAUUGAUUAAUACAGUCUAUCAUUUAUCAGCAAAUAUUAAUAAGGGGGAGGGGAGGGGAGGGAGGGGAGCUUAAUAGGGGAUUUAUUGUACAUAUGUAGUUAAUAAGUAAAGAUGAAAUGUUGAGAAUGUCAAAGGCUUAUGAGACAAAGAAGAUCUCCUGGAGGGGGGUACACCCCAAGGGGGUACUGCCAUAUUUGGGCUAUAUAGGUAUGUGCUGCUCUGAAGGGUAUGGUUUUCAAGCAGUUUACUUUAGGAUAGGAUAUAUAAAUCAGAGCGUUUGGGUCUAGAAUAGGGUAUCAUUUUUCAGGAAACUGAUCAGUUUGUUGAAGAUUAGUUUUUAUCUAGACUAGGGAAACAGCUACUCUAGUAUAGGGGGGAUUUGGGGAGUUUACUCUAGUAUAGGGUAGCAAAAUUCAGCUGAACUAGCUCUGGUAUAGGUUAAGGGUUCCAGGGUCCCAGCGACACAUCCCCACCCAGAAAUUCCUAAAGUCUAAAGUACCCCCCCCCAGGGGGUAUACUAUAGUGGGUUUGUUGGGUUUUCCACUACUGUGACCUGGGAACCCUUGGUCGACUGUACCAACACAUGUUCAAGUGUACUUUUUUACCCUAUUCUCUAUGGUUAGCUCCAAAAUAUUCUUGAAAUAAUCAAAUAAUACUUCAAAUAACAACAUCAUGUAAAUGGCCUUACUAGAAACUGCUCUAAAAAUUAACAGAUUAAUAAUUUUUUUUACACCCAUUUCAUCAACAGAACAUGGGAAGAAGGCAAGGCAAUAAUCAUUGAUGACUCAUUUGAUCAUGAAGUGUGGCACAAUGGAUCAAGCUUUAGACUUAUUUUAAUUGUGGACUUUUGGCAUCCAGACUUGACAGCCAGACAGAGGGCUUCAUUGUCACCAAUUUAACUACAGUUUUUAUUUAUUGAUAAGAAAAUUUAGGCAUGCUGUAGACGUCAAGUCAUUUUAUUUUCGGCUAUAUCACUGACCUAGUCAUUAUCUGAGUAGGAACUUCUCACGUGAAUGAAGAAGUGCGCCAGAUGGCAAAAUCCUGUUACUUCAACAGAGAAUUAACCUGCUUUCUGACUUUGUGCUGCACUCCACCAUCUGAAUGCCUGGAACAGGCUAAAAAAGCAUGAAUAAUGAAAUCAAUAUAAUUUGCAAUGGCCAGUAUUAAUAAUACUAUUCUUUGAAAAAAGUUUUUUUUUAAUAUUAAUAUUAUUGGCAUAAAGGUGGAAAGCCGGACCUACAACUGUAUCUUCCCUUGAUAUAUAAUAUAGAAUCUUUAGUUUACAAAACAGUGAAACUGGUAUAUGUAGUUGCAUAGAGUUAUGUUUAAGAUGUUACAUGGUAACAAUUUUAUCAAUGGAUCUUAGGCAUUUUAUCUACUUGGCUGUUGCUACAGUACGUUAUAAUCACAUUUUUUUGAAGUUAACUGUAGAUGCUCAAUCAUGCC